AUGUCUCCAAGUUUGGAUGGUAUUUUGAAUCAACUGGAAAUGCGGAUCCUGAACCCAUUCAAACUUGAAGUUGAUGUAGAGUAUGAUGGAUAUAAGGGAGUCUUUGUUUUUUGGGAUAAGGAUAUUAUUCCUUAUACUAAGUUGACUGCUAAGGAAUUAAGGGAAGUUAUGAAGAAGGCUGGAGAGGACAACCCUAAGAUUUGGCCUACUCACCUUAAUGUUCUGUUGAAUAGAAAAUUGGCCUUUCGUAUCAAGUACCAAUUGCAAUACCAACGAUUCUCUAUCGUGAAAAUACUUCACGACGACGACCUUUACGAUAAGUUUCACAACUACCUCACCCCAGAUGAGAAUAAACCAAAUGCCGCUGUUAUGGAAAUCGACACCACUUCUCCAACUAUUAAUCCAAACAAAGAGCUCACACAAACUUCUGAACAAUCAAUCGGUGCUAUCCCCGAUUCUGGUGCUCAGCAUGAGGGGAGUCCUUCUGCAAGCAGCAGUACCCCUACCAAGAGGGUUGCUACGUCAACCUCAGUCAACGAACUCUUCGACCAAGACGAACUCACUCCUAAACAAUCAGCCACUAAGGCCAAGACUGGAAAAAAGACAAAGCAUAUCAAGAAGGAUUAA